AUGAAUGACCCUACUCUAACUGUUAAAAUUAUAAAAACCAAAAUUAAAAAUUUGAGGUCUGUUUACCACUCAAAAGUGAAAAAAAUUAACAGUUCGAAGCGAUCCGGAUCUGGUGCCGCAACAGUAUAUAGUCCAUCCCUGACAUGGUUUAAAGAAAUGCACUCUUUCCUUGGAGACACAGGUGAUUACCGGGAAACUAUUGAGACAGCAGUGGACACAGAUGAGUCAUCGCAGGAUUCUCGACCAACUAGUGCUAAUUCGAACUCUAACCCCUUGUCACCGCCAUCAGUCAUCACCGUAAUGUCGCCACCCUCGACUACUGACAUUGCUCUAAAUCGUUUAGAAAAUAUAACUUCGUCUAUAAACAGACAAGCAGAAUAUGAUGAAUUUCAUUUUUUUGGUUUGAAUAUUGCUGCCCAAUUGCGAGCCCUACCAUUAGAUGAUGCACUAAACGUGCAAACUGAGAUUCAGACAAUUAUAACUGCGGCUAGACGUCGACAUCUGUACCCAAACUUGUCUACAUACUCCACUUCACCCAUACAAAUAAUAAUUCCCACACCUAUUUUUACAAAUAUUCAAACUAACAACAGCCAAACCGAAGCAGAAGACGCUUUAAGCAGAGCAUGGAGAUUUUCUUAA